GCUCCAUAAUAAAAGCUGAAUCGCAAAACAAUAACUGCGUGUCUAGUAACUGUUACAGCGCCGGAUUACUGUAUUUACACUUUAAAUAGCAGGGAAUCCUCAUCUCGACACAGUUUUAGAUUAGAAAAAAUCUCGCGAGAAUCUUGCCUUGACAACUUCCCAGCACCACCCGCGGCCAGGGCGAAGGAAAAUGAAGGCAGCCAUGUUGUUGUAGUAUAUCUCAGGAUAGGGGAGGCAGUCAGAGACAUAAAAAUCGACACGACUCCAAAUCCACAUCCAUCCUGUGUCAGAGAAGACUAGCAGCGCCGGGAGCAACCAUGAGCGGGGGCACCCCAUAUAUCGGCAGCAAAAUCAGCCUCAUCUCGAAGGCUGAGAUACGCUACGAAGGAAUUUUAUACACUAUCGAUACUGAGAACUCGACCGUCGCACUCGCCAAAGUCCGUUCAUUUGGUACUGAGGAUCGACCAACUGAUAGACCUAUUCCUCCUCGAGAUGAAGUGUUUGAAUACAUCAUUUUCCGGGGCAGCGACAUUAAAGAUCUCACUGUGUGUGAGCCACCCAAACCCCAGUGCUCGCUGCCUCAGGAUCCUGCAAUCGUCCAGUCAUCACUUGGGACCUCCACAGCUUCUUCAUUCCAGUCUGUAGGAUCCUAUGCGUCAUUCAGCAGGAUGCCUGCCUACAGUCAGUUUAGCCCCAGCCCAUUGGUGGGACAGCAGUUUGGGGCUGUAGGAGUAGGUAACUCUUUGACAUCUUUUGGUACAGACACUACUGCCCCUGCAUCACUCUCCCAGAGCAAUACAAUUGGUUCUGCUUUUUCCCCUGACACACGUUCAAUGAAAACACAAUUAACUCAAGGAGGAUCUACUGAGACUUCCGUUCCAUUUGCAGGGAUGUCGUAUCGGCAGGCAGCAGCAAAGCAUUUGGUCAAUAAGCAACAGAAGACAAAUAUACAUAAAAGUCGCUCUAGCCCCCCACUUGACCCUCUGAGGAAAACCCCGACCCUGGAGCAGGGGGUACAGACUGCCCCAGCCACUGCUCCUGCUCCCCCAGCACCAACCCGACCUGUUCCCUCCACCAGCCAGAAGCAAGCAGAUACCCAGGAACAGAGACGGGAGGCACAGAAAAUGGCAAGGCCUGAUGCAGAUCAAGUCAGGAAUGAAAACCGCGAGCCCAACAAGAGGCAACCAGGCAUAUUUGAUGGGCCUCCUUCUGCAAGGCGGGGCCGUGGUGGACAUCGUGGCAGAGGCAGGUUUGGUGUCAGGAGAGAUGGCCCGAUGAAGUUUGAGAAAGACUUUGACUUUGAAAGCGCCAAUGCCCAAUUCAAUAAGGAGGAAAUUGACAGAGAAUUCCAGAAUAAACUCAAAUUAAAAGAUGACAAGUCUGAAAAGCCAGAAAAGGCAGUGAAUGGUGAAGACAAGGGAGACUCUGGGGUUGAAACUCAGAACAGUGAAGGAAAUGCAGAUGAAGAGGAGGCACCGGUACCCCAAUGUUACUACGACAAAUCCAAAUCCUUCUUCGACAACAUCUCCUGCGAUGAUACGAGGAAAGCAGCAGAAAAAUCAGGAGCACCAUCUUUUCCAAGAGAGAGGCGACAGACCUGGGCAGAAGAAAGGCGGAUGAACGCAGAGACGUUUGGUAUCCCGUUGCGCCACAAUCGCGGUCGCGGAGGUUUCCGAGGCCGUGGAGGAAUGGGGUUCCGUGGGGGGCGGGGCCGUGGUGGGGGACGUGGAAUGUUUGGAGCCCCACGUGGUGCUUUCCGUGGAGGAUUCAGUAGAGGACGUGGAGGAAGAGAGUUCUCAGACUUUGAAUACCGGAAGGACAACAAAGUGGCUGCAUAGUAUACUGGAAAGAUGGAUCCAAAAAAUUCAGCUCUUCAUGGUCCAGAGAAUUUUGUUCAGUUUAUAACUUUGACAAUAAGAAUGAAGAAAUGUUUUUGCUGUAUAUUUGUCACCAGCACUGGGGUAGUCUGCUUGAUUUCAGAGGGUUGUAAUGCAGUUUUUUUUUUUUUUUUUUUUGAUGAAAGGCGAUCUUUGAAAUGUUAAGUUACAUGUUUUGAAUAUCAGCAGAAGGAUAAGUAAAUUUCUUAUGUAUAGAUACAGUACUUCAGUAAAACUAUUCAGUAUUUUUGCAUCAAUAUUGAGAAGUUUUUUCCUAAUGUAUUUGAUAAUAUUCUGUUUGUUGAAAUGAAAUGUAUGCAGAAGGCCGUUGAUACUGUGAUGAAAGUACUUCGAUCACUGAAAUAGCUUUAUUUUUGGAUAUAUCCUGUAAUGUACCUAUAGCUACUGGUUUACAACUUUCUAAAAAUUUAACUUCAAAUGUCAUUCUACCCUGUAUAAAAUAGCCUGGUUCUUUUAGGUUGAGCUUAUUUGGUAAGUUUAAGAGCAAAACUGUAGAAAUGUAAUUGCUUCUGUGGAACCCUUAAUUAAGCAUUGGCUAUGCGAUAUAUGAUAUUGUGGACAGAAAUGCAUUUCAUUUAGGUAGAUUUUGAAUUUUGACAAAAGGCUUAUUAACAUUGCAUGCAAACGGGGCAAAAUGGUGCACAUUGAAAGCAAUUAGUUAUUGGUUAUGGCCAGUGAAGUAUGAGUAGUUGCUUUUUAUAUUGUUUGCAUAGUUUUUAUUGUGUAUGUAACUUUCAGUAAAAUCCAAUUUAACAAGAAUUUUUAUUUCAGAAGUUUAGUUUUCAUGUCUUCUGUUAGUCUUUCUAACCCCGUAAAGAGAAAUUCCUAUAAUUGACUGGCUUGCGCUGCUAAGUUUAUUCGCCCAGUUCUACUCUGUGUAUGUAUAUGUGUAGCUGCCUUGCAUGGCACACAGUGUGAAUGGGCCUUUAGACGUGGUAGUCUCUUUGGCUUUCAAUUUAAGUUGGAUGUUGGGGCAGUUGCGGUACCCUAAAUUAACUGUAUAAUAAGUAUUGGUGGAAAAUGAAAGACUGGUGGGUUGACUUUUAAUUUUAAGGCGAGACAGUUUAGUAAAACUCUGUUUGGAUGCAGCUAGUGACUGUUUUACCAGAUUAGCAGUAAAUGGAUAGUUUUUAUUAAGUAGCCUCUGUGGCACAUAACAGGAUUUUUUCCAAAAAAAAGUAUAGUUCAGACAGUAGUUGUGUAUGAAAAGGUCUUUAAUGUCGGUGGAAAGGUGCAAUUUAGCUUUAAUUGAUAGGUUUAAUUUUGUGGGAUCAGAACAUACUGCAAAACGAGACUUUGAAUGUUCCUUCUGCCGUGUGAUUGAAUGACACAGCCCUAUGGUUUUGUGUCUUGUUACAAUUUGAAUAGGUGUUCUACUUAUACAUUCAAUAUUUGCUUUCAACAAGUGCUCUGUUUGGAACUGCUCAUGGUUAAAGCACUGGUAUUCACUAUAAUGUCCAGUAUCUGAAUUCUUCUAAAAGUAUGUUGAAGCAUUGUAAUGUGGUCCUUUUAUUAAAUUUUUUUUCCUCUCCAUAGACCACUGGAAUAAUAAAGGGCUCCAAAGAUAUAUUUAAAAGAAAGAGAAAAAAGUUUUAAUCUAAAUACUUCAUGUAUAACAUUUGUCCUCAAAAAAGUUGGCUCAGUAGGGGAUUGAGGUGGGGUGCACACUUGAAAGAAAUAUUUUAAAUAAGUUUAAUAGCUAAUGAAAAUUAACUAGACAGUUACCUUAAAAGCACUACAAGGAAACCUUUGCUAGGUGAGGAAGAAAAAUAGGGCAGCUAGUAAAACUGUUCAGUAGUUUAAUAAAUAUACAGCUUGACUGGAGCUAGUAGUGAGCACAUGAAACACUGCAUGUUAACAACCGUGCUCUGAGUUGCCACAAUCAUGAUACUGAACAGCUUUGAGGUUUUCCGCUAUAGAGGCAGUUACUGUAUUUUGUUGCAAUAACUAUGUAUAAUAUUACUGAAAUGUCCCAUGCUAAUUUAAGCAAGAUUUACAGCUGUAAAUAAUACCAAAGUGCUGUAUGCUGUGAAGAAGGUAUGAACGGUAUAAACAUCUAACCUCUGGAUGAGUACCCAGUUAUGUUGUUUUAUAAGUAAAUAAACACAAAAUAAGAACAUUUAUAGCAUGGUGUACUUUUGGUGUGCCUCACCAGACUGGUAAGUGAGGUUUUUAUUCAACACUGAGAAUAAAGUUCAGUGUGUUGACUGUCUUUUUGUAGUUUGUUUACAUUUCUGGAAAUGACUGAGCUGCAGUAUAAACCAGUGGUCCUCCAAAACUGGUCACUGGGCACCCAAGAUGCUUCCAGACCCCUGCCUGCCACCCAUGAGCACUUGAUUUUGUUUUUUCUAGGCAGCAGCCACAUAAACCAGCCUACAAAUCUCAAGCAUUACCGCUGAAGAAGGAAAGAUUUUGUAAUAAGUUUGAAAAACUCUUUUUAAAUGUUUGGGCAAUCAAAGUGAUUUAUAGUGUCGCACCAGAGGCCACAGUGACUCUGUUUUAGCUGAUGUGGCCCUUGACAAGUUUUUUGUGAGGACCACUAGUAUAGACAACUGCUGCAAAGAGAUUUUGUUUUCAACAUUUUGAUCUCAAGCAUCUUGGAUAUAGCAGCUGAUGCACCUCAC